AUGAAGUCAGUAUUGGUCGUGUUUUUUGCCCUGCUUAUAGCCGGUGCGUGGUCUGUUAUGACCGGAGGAUUUAGAGAUGUGGAUUUUGAAGACGCUGGAAUGAGAAAUGCCCUGGAGGUGGCAGUGAACAAGCACAACAUCGCCAAAAACGACGUGUUCAGAAACGAUGUGGUCGAAGUGGUCAAGGCUCAGUCUCAGCUGGUGUCUGGUUUGAAGUAUGUUAUUACUGUCAAACUGGCCAGGACCAACUGCAGGAAGAACAGAGCCAAUGAAGUGUGUGCCACCACAGGAGAGCCCUACCUCUGCACUUUCACAGUCUGGAGCCGGCCCUGGCUGAGGGACAUUCGGGUGCUUGAUGAAACCUGCCCUUAGAAAUACAGCAUUACCUGCCAGUAAAAUUGCUAAAUCAUGGUAGAGCAAAUUAACAAUGAGCAAUAAUAUACAUUUUUUUAUGUAACAACCCAGUCUCAAAUCUGUAUUGUAUUACAUGAUUAUACAGGCAAAAUUUUUAUUAACCGGAAAGCAUAAUGUUUUUAUUAAUUAAAAUCACUUAAUUUUUAAUAAGGAGAA